AUACACGGGAAUCCCCAGUUUCAAUAGCGCGCCGUUCUACUCAAAGAACUACAUCUCCCAGAUCGUGUUUACUAUUUUGCUCCCAUUUAUAGCAACUGCAGCGUAUCUGACCGCCUGUUCAACGCGGUCUGGACUGCGACAGAAGGAGGUUCAGGGUAUUGUGUUCCACAUAAACACCGGGAUGAACGACGGAACGGAGGAAGAGACGGCCCCAGUUAUAAUGGAGACCUCGUCGUACUCGCAGGUAGUUUUCAACGAUGUUCCUCCAUCAUAUCCGCCAAACACCGCAGUUACUUGCCGCUACACCCUGACCGGUGAUGUGCUGCCCAACCCCAGGGACUGGAUCGGUAUCUAUAAGGUUGGUUGGAGUUCAGCACAGAAGUAUUAUACCUAUGUAUGGGUGGAACCUUGGCUGGACCAGGUCGGCCCUGAACCGCUUGUUCAGCAAGUGGUUUUCUCAGAGAGCUACCUGCCCAAGGAUGAUGGGGAGUUUUACCAGUUCUGCUAUGUGGACAGCUUCGGUCACGUCAAAGGAGCCAGCACCCCAUUUUGCUUUCAAAACCCAGCGGAAGCAAGCCUUGGCAGCAGCUUGGAGAAGGACCUGUUGGUCAUAACAACACAGGAGCAGGCAGAAAAGAUGGAGAAGGAGAAAGAACGCUUUGUGAGAGAGAUCGAGUUUUUAAAAGAAACAAAUGUGAUCUUGAAAAAAGAGUUGGGUGAAAGACUGCAUGAGAUCUGCCGUCUCAAGAGCUGCAUAGAGGAUACAAAGUCAAAGGAUAAACCAGAAUCUCUAAACCAGAAGCUGCCAGAUGUGCCCAGUUUUAAUUCCACCGAAGAGUCACUGAUAUCUCUGCAAGAAAAGUAUGACGGAGCUCUUCAGAAGAUCCAAUUCCUUAAGAAAGAAAGGACAGAGUUACAGAAAGAGCUUGAAUUCAAGAAUGGGGAAGUCCUCAGUCUAAACACCUUGCUAAAAGAAACAGAGCAAAGUUACAACAAAGUACAGGACCAAGUCAAGCUACUACAGGUGGAUGUGCAAAGCAGCAGGAAAGACUACGAGAAGUUGCAGACCGAUAUCCAGGAGCUCAGGAGGAAAAAGACUUUAGAAGACCGGAGGGCUGAAAACAAAGCAUUACAAACAUACUUGUCAGAGCACGAAGAACAAAUGAAGGAAGAAAACAGUAAAACUGUACAGAUUCAAGCCCUGCUCGGUCAGCUGACGGAGGCCAGAGGGCUGCUUCGCAGUGAGGUGCAAAGUUGCAAAGAAGCCUGUAAACGUGCAGAAACGGCUGAGCAGGAAUCGAAGGAACUGAAAAGGAAGCUGGAGGAGAUGACCUUGAAACGGACUGAGAAUGAGGAAACCAAUCAAAUCCAGGCUCAGCUUCAGCAGGCGCAACACAAAAUUUAUGAAAUGGCCGAGACGUCGAGAUUGGACAGAGAGAAGCUUGAGGAAAGGAAUGAGGAACUGCAAGCUGAAGUAAAUAAGCUUAAAAGGGCACUGUUUGACUACCAGGUUGCAUCUGUGGCUGCAGUUUCUAAUCAAAUAUCCAACCCUCAAAGCCCACCGGCGUCCGUAGAGAAAACGAAUUUCCUCGACUCUCAUUUCUAUGAGAACAUUGAUGACUUGACAGCGAAUCCUUCCGAUCCAGAAGUACAGAUCAGGGUGUGCCAACACUGUCAGGAGGUCUUUCCUGGAAUCAGCGAGGAUGAGCUGGCAGAACAUGAGCUGGCUCACAAAGUGUGUCCGCUCUGCACUCUGAUCUGUGAUGAUAUGGGACAGCAGGAGUUUGAAGAUCACGUCUACAGUCAUGAGGAUUAAUCAGUUCUGCUUUCUUUAUCUGACGUGCUGUCUUUGGGAUAUUAGUGGCACUGUUUAAAGUACUGAACAGUCCAGGAUGUUGUAGGUAUGCAGCGCUUUUGAUUCUGAUUAGCUGUUAUCUAAAGGAGGGAUUUUUUAUUAUCAGUAUCUAAUGAUUGUAGUAUCACUGAAAAAAAUGGAAUCGAAUAGCCAAUAAUAACAUAAUAAAAAGAAAUAAAUUGCACUUAUAUAAUAACAACAACAACAACUGGCAUGGUCUUAUUUACCCAAACUUUUUUCCUGCUUAAAAAGGCAUUGGAAUAAUAAACAUAUUGUGAGAAAUGUGA